AUCGCCGCUCGAUCGCGGCGCUCGGUAUUUGGAGGCACCUUUUUCCUUCUUUGACAUAUCUCUUUCAACAUACCCUAACAAUGGAGCACAAUCACUGAAAUCCACUUGCCAAUCCAUGGCUGCCUUUCGAAGGCUUCUCCGUCUCCCCUCCUCCCUUCCAAGGACGAAUAUUUCUUCCUUUACUCGAAUUCGAGAAGGUCUGGGAGGAAGCUUUCGGAGCUACAAUGCAGUUGCGUCAACUGACCAAACAGUUUUGAAAUUGGAUGAGGUAGAUGAUUUGGUUCUUGAUGGUGAAGUAGCAAAAAUUCGGGGCGAGUUUGAAGCAGCAAAGCAGGGUUUUUUGAGGAUUCCUGAGGCAGUCAAGGGAAUGCCAAAAAUGAACCCUGAAGGCAUAUAUGUUAAUAAGAACCUGAGAUUGGACAAUAUUCAAGUUUAUGGAUUUGAUUAUGACUAUACGUUGGCACAUUACUCUCCUAACUUGCAUCGAUUGAUAUAUGAUCUUGCAAAAGAACAUAUGGUUAAUGAGUUUAGAUACCCUGAGACAUGCUUGAAAUUCAGAUAUGAUCAAACCUUUCCCAUUAGAGGCCUAUCCUAUGAUAAGAAAAAUGGAUGUCUCUUGAAGUUGGAUUUCUUUGGGUCAAUUGAGCCAGAUGGAUGCUACUUCGGGCGUCGCAAGCUCAGCAGGAAGGAAAUAGAACAGAUAUAUGGCACAAGACAUAUUGGUCGUGACCAAGCACGUGGGCUUGUUGGCUUGAUGGAUUUCUUUUGCUUUAGUGAGGCUUGCCUUCUUGCAGAUGUUGUACAACAUUUUGUUGAUGCUAAACUGGAAUUUGAUGCAACGUACAUUUAUCAAGAUGUAGAUCGUGCAAUUCAGCAUGUUCAUCGCAGUGGGUUGGUUCACAGAGGAAUUCUUUCUGAUCCUGACAGAUACCUUGUCAAAAAUGGCCGGGUACUUCACUUUCUUACAAUGCUAAGGGAGAAGGGAAAGAAGCUCUUCUUGCUCACUAACUCUCCUUACAAUUUUGUGGAUGGAGGGAUGCGCUUUAUGCUGGAGGAUUCUUUGGGUUACAGAGACUCUUGGAGGGAGCUUUUUGAUGUUGUUAUUGCCAAAGCCAAUAAGCCAGAGUUUUACACUUCGGAGCAUCCCUUUCGCUAUUAUGACAUGGAGAAGGACACCCUAGCUUUCAAUAAGGUGGAUGCGUUUCUUCCAAAUAAAAUUUAUUACCACGGAUCGCUCAAAUCGUUUCUCCAAAUUACCAAGUGGAAUGGUCCAGAGGUGAUUUAUUUUGGUGAUCACCUCUUUAGUGACCUAAGGGGGCCUUCAAAGGCCGGAUGGCGCACUGCUGCUAUAAUCCAUGAACUAGAAAAUGAAAUACUUAUUCAGAAUGAUGAUAAUUAUCGUUUUGAACAGGCAAAAUUUCAUAUCAUACAAGAACUGCUUGGUAAACUACAUGCAACCGUUGCCAAUAGUCAGAGAAGUGAAGUGUAUCAGUUGCUUUCAGAGGAGCUAAAUGAUGAGAGGCUAAAGGCAAGGCAGAAGAUGAAAAAAAUGUUUAACAAGUCUUUUGGAGCAACUUUCCUAACUGACACAGGUCAAGAAUCAGCUUUUGCGUACUACAUUCAUCAAUAUGCAGAUGUCUAUACAAGCAAGCCUGAGAACUUUUUGCUCUAUCCGCCUGAAGCAUGGCUUCAUGUACCCUUUGAUAUCAAGAUCAUGCCACAUCAUGUGAAGGUUCCAUCAAGCUUAUUUAAGAAUCAAUAGAUUCUCAUUUUCAUCAUGGUUAUCUGGGGCCGGUUUUGCCAAUAUUCAGCAUGUGACUCACAUUUUUGGAUGAUGACACUAAAGUUUGUUCAGAUAAUGAUGUUUCAGCAACGAGGACAUGGCAGUACCCUUUCAGUUAUUUCAAUAGGACUAGGUAUAAACAAAUAAUUCUUUCUUUUUUGCAUGCAAUGCUUAAUUUAUUCCUUAGCUGCACUUGAAUUUGAAGAGUCAGAACAUGCUCUUCUCAUGUAUGUAAGAAGUUGUUGUUUGAUAUCAUAAUGAGAUUAGGUAACUUUUCUAAACAUGGAGAAGAUUUCCCUAAGUCCUAUUUACAUGUACAAUAAUAUGUUCUUUAAAAUAUGUAUUUGGUUCCAUGAUUUGCAACCUCUUACUAACAGAAUGAGUCAAUCGGAACA